CGACAUCGCUAUUAUCACACUUGUAAAAAAAAUUUUUGAUUGUUAUUGAUGGAUGCGUUGAGAUGUUUAAAGUGAAAAAAAUAAUCUUAUUCGGGCCCUUGGGGUGCUAAUUUUUUCCCCUUUCUUUUUUCACAAAGUUUUACGAUCAUUUACGACCCGUAGUAGCAGCAGGUCAAGCUAAUCAGGACAUCAUCAUCAUCUUCAUCGAAUUACAUCAAAUAACUAUCGGCAAAGGGGAAAAAACUUGGCAAAUACCGACUAUAGCACUUCCCCAAUAAAUAUUUUGCAUCAAGCUUUUGUUUUCCCAUUUGACGACGAACAAGACACCAUUAUCAUCAUCGUUGAUAGCAACAAUGCAUCGUAGAUCUGGUCGUAGUAAUAAUAAUAAUGCAAAAGAAUUGAGGACAUCGGUACAUCGUAAAGACAACAACAGCAAUAAUAAAUUGUCGGCUGUUGUUGUUGUUGGCGAAGCUUCCGAAUCAGAUGAUGAUCAACCUGAUCAGGUUAAAAUUAUUGAUGAUGUUACUAUUGCUGAGAAGGAAAUCACUGAAGGUGUUGAACAAACAUUUACUAGUUCCAUUGGUCAUGAACAACACAGCAUGACCGAAACUAAUGCGACCAAAAUGACAAUCGACAAUGCGUUAAUCAAACAACAAAACGGAUCUAAAUGUACAAUAUCGAUGUCAUCAUCAAUAUUAACAUCGGAGACUCAAAAUCGACCCAUUUUAAAAGAUUCCAUGACGACACAUUGUCAUCAAAAUAAUUCCCUUCUACAUUCAUUGUUAAAGGAAAGUAAUGAACAGGUUAAACGAAACUUAAUCAAAGUGUCCUGUUCACCAUAUUUGUUCGCUGAAAAAAACUAUAGCCAAAUCAUUCGACAUUUGUUGUCCACACAAAAAUCAUUACAAACAAGUUGCCAACUAUUACAAACGAUCAACGAUGACAUCAAUCAAUUGGAUAAAUCAUUCAUCACAUUGUCUUCAACAAUUGCGGCCAACAACAACAAAUUACUAUCCUGACAUUAACACACACAAGAUGGUCUGCGUUCUACAAGAAACCGUGUAAAAUGUUUAAUUACAAGCAUUCUAAAAUUUCGAAAUUCACCAUGAUCUUUUGAAAAAAGCUAAAAUCUUCAUAUU